AUGACAGGCACUACAGUCUUCUUGACUCUUGUCUCCGCUCUUGCGGGGACCGCGUGUGCGGCCACAGUCUCUCACGACUUCAAUAUCGGCUGGGUAACGGCAAACCCAGACGGCGCCUUCGACCGCCCAACAAUCGGCAUCAAUGGCCAGUGGCCAAUUCCUCGCAUCGAUGUGAACGUCGGGGACACCGUCCUCAUCAACGUUCACAAUGGUCUGGGGAACCAGUCGACAUCCCUUCACUUCCACGGCUUGUUCAUGAACGGCUCGACUCACAUGGACGGGCCGGCCCAAGUCAGCCAGUGCGCCAUCCCGCCGGGCUCGUCAUUCACGUACAACUUCACCAUCAACCAGCCGGGCACGUACUGGUACCACUCCCACACCAAAAGCCAGUAUCCAGACGGCCUCAGGGCGCCUCUUAUCGUUCACGACCCCAAGUCCCCGUUCAUUGGCAAGUACGACGAAGAAGUCGUCGUGUCACUGUCCGACUGGUACCACAACCAGAUGGCCGACCUCAUCCCUGGCUUCAUGAGCAAGGGCAACCCCACCGGCGCCGAGCCCGUUCCGCAGGCCGCCCUCAUGAACGACACGCAGAACCUCACGGUGGCCGUCCAGCCCGGUAAGACGUACCUCUUCCGCUUGGUCAACAUGGCCGCCUUCGCCGGCCAGUACGUCUGGAUCGAGGGUCACAACAUCUCCAUCGUGGAGGUGGAUGGCGUCUACACGGAGCCGGCGGAAGCGAGCAUGAUUUACGUAUCCGCCGCCCAGAGGUAUAGCUUCCUGGUCAAGACCCGGAACGAUACCACGUCCAACUUUGCCAUUGUCGGCAGCAUGGACACCUCUCUCUUCGACACGAUCCCCGCAGGCCUCAACUACAACGUCACGGGCUGGCUCGUCUACGACACCUCGAAGCCUCUCAGCCCGCCAGCGACAGUCGACACCUUCGCCCCCUUCGACGACAUGACCCUGACUCCCCACGACAGGCAGCCUCUCCUUCCAGAGCCCUCGAGGACCGUUGAGCUGGACGUCAUCAUGGACAACCUCGGCGACGGCGCCAACUACGCCUUCUUCAACAACAUCACCUACAAGGCUCCCAAGGUUCCGACCCUCUACACCGCCCUCUCCGCCGGCAGCGCCGCCACGAACCCCGAGGUCUACGGCACCUACACGCACAGCUUCGUCCUCGAGCGCGGCGAUGUCGUCCAGGUCGUCGUCAACAACCUCGACUCGGGCCGCCACCCCUUCCAUCUGCACGGCCACGAGUUCCAAGCCUUGUACCGCGCGCCCGAGGGGGGCGGCACCUUCGCCAGCGCCAACGUCACCGAGGCGGGCUUCCCCGCCAUGCCCAUGCGUCGCGAUACGCUUGUCGUGUGGCCGAAUGGAAACAUUGUUCUUCGCUUCCGGGCGAAUAACCCUGGCGUCUGGCUUUUCCACUGCCACAUAGAGUGGCAUGUGACAUCAGGCCUGCUGGCCACCUUCGUCGAGGCGCCCCUGGACCUCCAAAAGACCCUGUCCAUCCCCCAGAACCACCUUGACGUCUGCGCGGCAGCCAACGUCCCGACCGCCGGCAACGCCGCAGGAAACACCAAGGACUUCCUGGACCUGAGCGGGCAGAACACGCCCCCCGCUCGGCUUCCCGAUGGCUUCACCGCUCGAGGAAUCGUGGCCCUCGUCUUCAGCUGCAUAACGGGCAUCCUCGGUGUCCUGGUCGUGGGAUGGUACGGCCUGGCCAAGACAGAGAACGGCCCUUCUCGGGUUGGGUACGCCGGCUCGGCGUCGGUGGCGCAGACCGGCGACGGCCAGAAGGAAGAAACCGUCAUGGUCGGCGCCGCGUCCGGCGGAGCGGGAGCCGGUCGAACUUGA